CAACAACAAGGUGACUUCCGGUUCUAUUGCACAUCAGGGGCGAAGGUGUUUUACGCACUUUAAUCAUUGAGUGGCUAAUACAGGAGGGAGUUAAGGAGUGUGUUCCUCCAAAGCAAGCAUGACUAAUGCUUGGCCAGAUAACAAGCCGGACACAUUAGAGAAUAUAUGUCUCGGUGUGUGUGCCCAGAACCAAGAAACUUUUUGUGUGGAAGAUCCAGAUGGGAAAUUGUCAAUCAAACCUGGAGUUGACAUCCUGCCAGGGGUAGUGGAUAGACUUGUGACAGCUCUUCAGAAGGAUGACGUCUUGGACUUAAAAUUGAUUAACUUAUUCAGGGACACAUCGUCAACCCGAUUGACUCGAAUCGACCUGUCAAGAUGCGUAGUCGGUGAAACAGAAAUGAACAUUGUCACGGAUCAUCCGCUCAGUGAGUUGAUUCUCACAGAUACCGUAUUGCCAAAAAACACUGUAGAAUGUAUUAAUAAACUGUCUCGGACAUUGAGAAUUUUGAAAUACGAGAACAACCCUCAAGAGUCGAUGACUGAUAUAACUUUUACAGGUGUUAUCGCAGAUAUGUUAGAAAAUCCACAGAUCGGCAAUAUUGGAGAAAAACACUUCGGAAAAGAUUUUUUCAUUAAUACACCCAACAUACGAAUCCUUUCCCUACGUGACUGUUAUUUUAAGGAGUCUCAUCAAAGCUGUAGUCUACAAGUCCUUUUAAACCCCUUAAUUAAAUUGACUCACCUGGAUCUCUCGCGAUGUCUCCUAGAUAUUGUACAACUGAAGUGUUUACAAAACCUCUGCAACCUCAUGUGGCUUAAUUUAAGCCAGAUAAUGUUUAUGCCAGCUGACCUGGAACAAGUUUUGGAGCAUGUUUGUAAAUGUAAAAACCUAAGACACUUAGAUAUAUCCUGUGAUGUUAUGGAACACCACAAUGUGUUGCAUUAUGACAAUGGAGAGGAAUGCCUUAGAAAGCUGAUGAGUUGUCUCCCCUACCUGACCUCUCUUGACCUUUCUGGUACUGAUCUUCCCAAGAUUCCUCAACAGCCAGUCUCACACAAGCUGGAGCCUACCUCAAGGGUCUCUAACAAUGAGAAGUGCUGUAUUGCAGGCCUUGAUGGGCGUAUUUUCGAGUUUCUUGGUCUUCUGCACUGUCGGGAUGAUCCUUGCAAUGAGGAAAACCUUCCAGCAAAACAGGUGAGUGGACAUGCCACAGAAGAGCAGGUACUGAUCUCUAUACAGCGUUACUACGACAGGGACAACGCGCUGACAUCUUCGCUUAAUUCUCUCUUCAAAAUCUUCCGUUACUCGGUCGUCAAAAAUCACUGUGCAGCAUUGGAGGCAAUUCUGCUAGGAAUGAGAGAAAAUCAAAAUGACAAACAAGUCCAAAUUUCUGGCAGUGCGUCCCUGUUUUACAUUGUAAAAGGGCCUCACAAAGACAGCAUCACGUACCUACAGAAAAGGCGCCUGAUCACCUGUUUGCUAGACGCUAUGGAGAAACAGCAUGAUGAUAUGACUAUGUUGAGAAAUGGCUGUUUGACCAUAUGUAACUUGUCGAUUCCUCAGGAUGUGCUUUUCUGCUACAAACGUCUGGUGAAAGUUCUGAUCGAUCUCCUCAAUAUACCAGACCAGGAGGAAUUCAUUCAGAGAAUCAGUAUAUAUCUCCUGAACUGUUUGGCUUGCCAAGUAGAUGGUGAUGAGAAGAGGACUGUGGGAACUCUUGGGGCAGUAGAGGUGAUGCUUGAUUUGAUUCGGAACAAGUGGCUAAGUCACACUUGUGACGAGGUGUUGGAGGUGGCAUGGAGUACUCUCUGGAAUGUCACAGAUGAAACAGCUGCCAACUGCGAGAAAUUUAUGAACAAUGGUGGCAUGGAUUUAUUCAAGGAUUGUCUACAGAGAUUUGUGGAAAAACCUGAAUUACUUAGGAACAUGAUGGGCCUAAUGGGCAAUAUAGCGGAGGUGAAGUUUCUACGCCCCAAGUUGAUGGAUCCAGAGUACAUCACAAUGUUCAGUGAUCUCCUCGACUCCAAAAGUGAUGGUAUUGAGGUGAGCUACAAUGCAGCAGGUAUCUUUUCACACCUCUUGUCAGAUGGAGCCGAAGCCUGGACCAUCAACUAUCCUUCUCGGGAUGAUGUUAUCCACAGACUGACCUCUGCUAUAGAGAGAUGGCCAAUCGACUCCAGCCGCAAUAUCAAUUACAGGUCUUUCAUGCCAAUCUUUAAGCUGGUGAAGGCAUUUGACACACCUGCAGCUCAGUACUGGUCGGUUUGGGCUCUUGCCAAUCUCACCGUGGUUUACCCGGGGAAAUACUGCAGUCUACUGAGAAAGGAAGGGGGCGUUGACUUAUUAGAACAAGUUGUUCAAGACCCUCGACCAACAAAUGCUGUCCGAAAUUUGGCCAAACGGGUUCUGACACAAGUGCAGGGUCGGGCAGAUGACUUGGAGUUGCUCAGCAAUUGUGAAGACGAGGAAGAAGAUGAAGAUGAAGAGGAUAUUCAAGAUGAAAGCGAUAUCGAGAUGGAUUGAUAAUUUGUAGAUGGACCUUUGUUACAACUGUCUUUUUUAGCUCACCUGAGCCGAAGGCUCAUGUGAGCUUUUGCUAUGGGGUAUCAUCCGGCGUCUGUCGUGCGUCGUCCGUCGUGCGUCGUCCGUCGUCCGUUAACUUUUUUUAACCGAGAGUGUUGAAAUUCGCAUUGAAUGAUUAGUUAGAAGGUCCUGACUAGUUAUUUGUAUUCAUUAAGUGAAAAUAAAAUUCAAGAUGGCUGCCAUGAUCGCCAUCUUUGAAAUUAUGUUUUUCCUUAUAACUCCAAUAUUAUUUGCUUAGUAAGUAAUA